AUGUUGGAGGAUUACAUCAAAUCUCCAGAAGGAAAACCACCAUCGAGAGGCUCAAGAUUGGCGUUGGCAAAGUUGCUGAAGUUUUUGUCAGAUAAAGGCUCGUCAGAGAAGGCACUUUAUCAGGGCAGAAAAGAUACCAGUGGAGCUGAAUGGACUACAAUUGUGGCACAUUAUCUGCUUUCAAAGCUUGCAGUUUGUUCCAAGUAUACAUUAGACAGUCACAGUUUUAGCAAAGGGAGGAUUAAAGAGUUAUGCUGUGGUUGUGGCUGCAAGGAAAGAUUAUCAGGAGAUUAUAUUAUAUAUGGGGAUACAUCUAUAGGUGUUCCAUCUUACUGGCAUGGACGAGUUGACAUUCGGAUGGAUGUUGCCGUGACUGUGGCCACUGAAGAUCCUGACUCACAAGGUGCAGAAAAUAGUUCUUUUUCUGUUGAUGUGGAAUCUCCAUCUGAGAGGAUGAUGAUGUGCAAGGAACAAAUAAGGGCCAGAACAAUAGUGUUUUCAUUUUUGCAACAGAAGAACCAGCCUGAUCUGAACAAUUUUCUAAUUCCCACCAUUGCAAUGUCUAAAUCCAAGGUUGCAGUUUAUUUAUAUGACUCUGAGAAUGAUAUAUUUCUUGAAACCCCUUGUCUUGAUCUCUUCCUAGGAGAUGAAUUUUUAAAGGUAGAAACAAUAAUCACUCUUUGGUUGGUUUUGAACUUUAAAUACUGCUGUUCGGGCGUUCCAGAUGAGAUCUUGGAACUUGGUUUUACGGCAGAUUUCUUCAAGCACACUGGUCCUCAUUUGGAAAAGUAUAUUGCUAAUGUGAAUGCGCCUUGUAAUUAUCAACCUGAAGACAAAUGGCUUGCACUUAGUGUUCUAAAAGACGUCAAACAUAAAGUGCAAGGCAUUAACAACAUAUAAGCCUUCAUAAUAACAGAAAGUGGAAGAUAUGAAUUGUAAAUUUCCUUACUGAUCUGGAGAAAAGUUACAAAAAGAAUAAUGCAUUCCCAUAAUUAUGUGAGCUAGAAAAACACGAAAAAUGAAUUACCGACACACUAAAAACUAAAAACUAUAGAGUGACUUGAUUGUAUAAAAGUAUUUAAAUGUAAAAAGUUACAUGAAAUUAGCAAAAUAUAACAACUGAUGAACAAAAGUUAUAAGAAAAAGGAAUGUGUAUAUA